GUUCUGCAUUCCAACGCCAGUAGCCGUCCUCAGCGGACCUCCUCAUUGACUGAAACUAAAGAAACCAGCAGAGACACAGCCAACAUGCCUGUUGAUCUCAACGGAUAUUGGAAAAUGAUUUCCAAUGAUAACUUCGAGGAGUACCUGAAGGCUCUCGAUGUAAAUGUUGCCAUCAGGAAAAUUGCAACCUUGUUGAAGCCUGACAAGGACAUCUUCCACGACGGGGACCACAUAAUCAUCAAAACCCUCAGCACCUUCAAAAACUACAACAUGGACUUCUAUGUAGGCAAAGAGUUCGAGGAGGAUCUCUCCGGAGUGGACGACCGGAAAUGCAUGACCACUAUCACUUGGGAAGGAGACAAGCUGGUGUGUGUGCAGAAGGGAGAGAUUGAAGGAAGAGGCUGGACCCACUGGGUGGAAGGAGAUGAGCUUCAUUUGGAGCUGAGAGCUGCAGGAGCUGUUAGCAAGCAGGUCUUCAAGAAGACCUAAACUGGCUCUUACUGUACGAGGCAGUGACCCCGGCUGACAUUGGCUCACAGAGACACAGAAGACACAUCCCCUGCCUCUGACAUACCAUCCAACUCCAAAACAAGCCAUUUCUACAUCUCUCCAUAUAUCCAUCUACCAAUUUCAUAUCACUUUGUUUCAAAUGCUUUUUUUUUUUUUUUGCUUUUUUUUUUUUUGGGCUAGAGAUACAUUUAUAUUUCAUCAAAGCUGUUGCUUUACUCUGCCAAAGCCAAUUUAUACACAGUACAGUAAGGGCAGGUUAGUGUGUGUAUCAUGUAACAUCACAAAAUGCAGUCCGGCAUAUCUGUCUCAGGGUGGGUGCUCCUUUGAUUAACAUGUUUAGAUGUGUUGGAUGCAUGCAUACUGCUAGGUGUAGCUGAUCUGAUGGGUGAGCCAGACUGAUAACACAACACACUGAAGUGACCAGUGGAAAAGUUAUGGACGCAGUGAAGAGAACAGUUACAUAACACCUUCAAAGGGUUAAUCCCUUUUUAGUUCUCUGAAUAAUUGUUGUGACUGGAAAACAACGAUAUGAGUUUGGUUAAGGACCACAAGCUUCUUGGCAACUGAUGCUCAGUCUUGACAUUGGAUUUCAGAUAUGAUGUGUGUGUAUAUAUAUAUACUUCCCAAAUCCUUUGGGACUGUGCAAUUGAUAGUAAAAGGAAUCAUCAAUCAAUAAAUUAAACAGUGCUCAACAAUGUCAUUUGUGUCUUUCUGAGUAGUUAAACCUUGUGUUAAAUAAAUAAAUUGUUAAAUUGUAAAUUGUUUUGGUUGGCAGGUCCACCUCCUGUAAUACAACCACACAAACCCCUGAAAUGAACCGUUCUUAUUUACUGAAAUUUGGCUCCUUUUAUCUGAAAAUGCCUUUCAAGACAUGCAUGAGGAAUCUGAGGGCCUCUACUUAGGAAUUUCAAAAGUGAAGAAGUGAAGCCUGCGGAGCUUCAACCAGACAACUCGAGCCACGCUGUGCUCUGAAUCAGUUAAUCUGUCAGCUCAUUUUGUUCAUUGCCA